AUGAAUAUUUUAGACGAAGCAUAUGUUCAUCAACUCAGAAAUGUAAUUUCUGAAACGAAGGAGAUUGUGCAUUUGUAUUUAGAGGUGUUUCAGGGAUUGCUCGAACAGACAGAAGCGGUUGAGAAGAUUGUACCAUACAAUGUUGAAAACGUUGUAUCUGAUAAUGUUGAAGAGUGUCUAGAAGAAGAAACUAUGGCAGUGAAUACGGUUGAUGAAAAAAAUUUAUAUGAGUUUGGAAGAGUGACUGACAAAACUUUGUCAGACGGUGAAGAGUCAAAUGAAGGAUGGUUAGAAGAUGAGUUCACACACGGGAAAAAAGCUCUAGACAUAUUUUACGGUAUGCCUCCUAUACCUGAUUGUCCUGAUCUUAUUGUUGAACCCGCACCAUUUCACAGUUUAGGUCCAAAUGAUGAUAUGUUUGUUUGUCAAACAUAUGAUAACAAACAACAACUAAUAUUUUCUUUGAGUCUUAAAGCAACCAGAGAAACGUUUCAGUUUAAGACCAAGCAUUCUAACAAAAAUCGUUAUGAGAUACACCUUAAUCAUAAGCAUGCUAAUAAAAAAGUGAUGGGUACUAUAUUGCAUGAGAUUAUGGGAAAAACUCGUUCCAAGGUUUGGAGGCCUAAAGAAAUAUCAAGUGAUUUGAAUGCUUUGCUGGAAAUCAAUGUAGAUUACAAACAAGCUUGGCAUGAAAAACAAUAUGCUAUGGAACUGUUGCUGGGAUCAUCUGAAGAAUGUUUUUACAAACUUCCUAUUUAUUUUCACAAUAUGAAGAUGCAUAAUCCCGGUACAGUGACCUAUAUUCAAACAGAUUCUGAAGAUUGUUUUGAGUGUUGUUUUUAUGCCAUUGGGAGCACGGGUGAUUUUAAGGGAACCAUAUUGCAUCCAAUAACUAUGGAUGGAAACAACCAGAUACUGCCCCUUGUGCACGGAAUAUGCAAAAGAGAGAGUGGUAUUACUUGGACAUGGUUUCUUGAAAAGUUGUAUGAAUGUGUUGGUGAUUGUCAAGAAUUGAUUUUUGUAACUGAUAGCACCGAUGCAAUUUGGGUUAGUAUUGAAAACGUUUUCCCACAUACUCAUCAUGGCUUGUGUGAUUUUCAUCUGCUAGGAAACAUAGUACACAGAUUUAGUUCUACUAGACCGCAAGUAGCAGCGAAUCUAAGUGAAAUUCCUCAUGCUAAAUGGACUAGAGCAUUUUCAUUGUUGAAACAGUACGAUUACAAGAACUCAAACAGUGUAGAGUCCAUGAAUGCUUUAUCUGUAGAUCGUACGACAGGAUGGUCCGUUUCUGGUGUUUCAGAUGCAAUAUAUCAAGUGCCUGAUUUCAAACAUGGUGGCAUAGUUGAUCUGAGGCAAGACACUUGUACAUGCAAAUAUUGGGAAGGAACUGGGUUGCCUUGUGGUCAUGUCAUAAUGGUCUUGAACCACUUGAAAAAAACUAACUUAGGACAUCUGGCUAUAGAUGCUUACAAAAUGGAAACGUACCGAAGUAUGUAUGAGGAUCCGGUUUACCCCCUUCCAGAACUGUGUGAUUGGGAGAUUCCUGUUGAGAUGAUGAUUGUUAAAUCCCCGAUAAUGGAUACACGUCAAGCUGGUAGACCGAGAAACAGAAAUCGUAUCUCGUCACAAGGUGAGGAACCUAUAGUAAGAAGGUGUAGUAGAUGUGAUAGUACAAAACAUAAUGCGGCGACUUGUCCGGAAUUGGUACCAAAGAAACAAAAAAGGCUACAAAAAGUAGUGCGGCAUCAGGACACUAAUUUGUGUACUUUGAAAUGGAUUGUUUAUUUUAAAGAUGAUGAGUAA